AUGCAAAUCAGAAGUCUGCUCGCAUAAUGCCAGCACGACAUAAGCGUAUUAGGUGACUUUAGACCACUAAGCGCCUUUUUUAUAAGCUAACUGAUCACAGGCGAGCGAGGCAAAGGUAUGGCGCUGAUCUGCAACAGUUGACACUUGGAGAAGACUGAGCAACAGAGAUGACGUCACUGCGAACAAUUUUCCUGAUUUGCACGAUUGUCACCGUUGUCAUGGCAGCAGACAAGCCUCUGUACAUCGGAGGGCUUUUCGACUUGAGUACUAAGCACGGGUACGGAGCGCUUCCCGCAGCGGAAAUGGCGAUAGAGGAGAUCAACAGUAACGCUGGCAUCCUAUCCGGAUACUCUCUCAACCUGCUGGUCAAUUCUACAGAGGGCGGUCUUGGGUUGGGCCAGUCAGUGUUUCAGGAUUACCUAAACAAACCGCCAAAUAAGGUGAUGCUACUGGGGCCGCUAGACGACACGCAUGCCAGAGCGAGCGCCUCCUACGCUGCUUUACCCGCCUACCGACUACUCACGUUCUCGUACGGGACGUCCGACCUGGAGCUGGCCGAAGACAGGAAAACCUACCCCUACUUUUUCCGUACCUUUCCUUCAAGGUCAGAAUACAGUCUGCCAAUGAUAGGGAUGCUGAAGGCUUACAACUGGAAUGUGGUCGGCAUCGUCUACGGGGAUUCGCUCAUGGACUUUAAGAUAAUGCAACAGCUGCGUACACGCGUGCAAGCGGAGGGGAUCUCGGUACUAGCGGAGGUCCAGUUACAGGCCAGUGACCCGGGACGGCCAGUACGCACAUUCAAGGAAAAAGAUGUGCAUGUCAUCCUAGCAUUGAUCCCUUUGGGAGCAGCGGCAAGAAAGAUGUUUUGCCAGGCUUACAAGGAGAAAAUGUACGGCCCACACUAUGUGUGGAUACUUCAGGACGGUAGCAGUAAUGGUUGGUGGAGACCGUCGAGUGGAGAGGAUAUAGGAGGGUGUGCGGGCGUCGAGAUGGACUGCCAACUACAAAACUCCUUCUACCUUAAAUCCGCGGAGAACUCGGCCCAUGCUGGCAUGGUGUUUCAGCACUCGGGCAAGAAUGCAUCCACGAUCCUGAAUGAGUAUUACUCCAGAGUGGACUAUGUUAACAGCACCCAAAACUUGACCGAUACAACUAACAGGACGUCUUACGCUCUUUACGCCUAUGAUGCUGUAUGGGCUAUUGCGCAUGUGCUGAACAACUCCCGCGCGCAGCUAGAAGCCUGGGGCAAGCCGCUAGAGAAUAUAACAUACGGGGACCAGCAAGUGGCCGACUUGUUCAACACCGAAGCCCUGAAAUUGGACUUCAGAUCCCCAAACAUGGGAAACGUCAAGUUUUGCAAGAAUGGAAAUCGAAGAUUCGAUGUGAAUUUUGAGGAGUUAGUGAUAAGUGGCGGAAGUAUGAGUACUGUAAAGGCUGCGGACUUCGAUGUCAGUAAAACAUCUGACUGUGAUGUUUUGGGCAAUCGUUACUCGGCCGCUAGCUCCAUCAACUGGCUCGCUGGGGUCCCGUACCGUAAGACAGCAGUGACGUAUGGUACACGCUACAUCUACCGCGCCCUGUUUGGCGCUCUCGUGUUUCUGGCCUGCCUGGGGAUCAUCUAUGCCAUCGUCUGCUACCUGGUCGUCCUUAUUAACAUGAAAGACAGUAUCAUCUGGAACUCCAGCCCUAUCAUCAACAUGAUCAUCAUCUUCGGCUGUAUACUCAACUACAUUACCGUUAUCCUCUACGGCUUUGAUUACACUCUGGUCAGCAUAGUCACAGUAUCAAGUAUCUGCAGGGCUCGUGCCUGGACGUUUGCCAUUGGCUUUACUCUGUCUGUCGGUGGUCUAACAGCUAAACUCUGGAUAGCAUACUGCGUGCUGAGUGACCGGUUUGUCAAGAAAAGGAAAAGCAUGCUUGUGUGGAUGAUUUGUAUUGUGCUGUUUUUCUUCAUCGUGGACAUUAUCAUCCUUGGGUGCUGGGAGGGUUUGAACCCACUUCGAAGAGAACUUGUACAAUACCGGGAUCAGGAGCUGUUCAAGUGCUCAGAACCAAUCACAGCCAAAACCUUCCAGGCAGAAGUAAUCUCGGUUGAGCACUGCCGAAGUGAGAACGAGUUGAUGUGGCUGCUCAUCAUCCUCAUCUACAAGGCUCUGGUCUUGCUGUUUGGACUCUUCCUUGCUUGGCAGACCAGGAAACUGUACAUCAAGUCUCUUAAUGACACACAGCACUGUGUGGUCUGUGUAUUCGUCGUGCUAGUUUUCGUUAUUAUCGGUCUGAUUGUCGCGUUCGUGGUCCCGAUGUUUCCCAACCUGUACUUUGGGAUCAUUGGGUCUUGCAUCUUCCUGUGCACGACUAUCAUCUUGGCGCUAUUAUUUUCUCACAAGAUGACUCGUGUGUCGUGUCUGUGCGGACCAUGUGGGAGGAAGAAAUCGACGGCGAAACUUAUCAGAGUCACGAGCCACGAAGAGAGACUGAAUGAAGAUAGCGACGAUGGGGAGAGCAAAGGUUGCUGCGGCUUAAGCUUCUGUUUAUGUUGUGCAGCGGCUUGUGCUUGCUGCGCAUGCUCGCCAGCCUGUUGUAUCACGUGCUGGUCUUGUUUUCCGUGCUGUAAUCUAUACCUGUGUUGUCGCUCGUGCUGCUGUGGCUCAAAGGUGAACCCAAGUCGAGAAAAUAACGAAAAGGUCGAGUUUUACAUCAAUGGUCAAGCGCAAGAGAAGGAAGGGCAGAUUGCGUAUCUUCUACGCGAACUGCAUGAGAGAGACGAGCAAAUCAAGCACCUUCGACCAUCGUACGCUGUCGUCACGACCUGGACACAAACCUACGACGACUCGGACUCAGACUCGGGUGGAGAAAUGAACGGUGGGUCGUCAAUGGACAGCGACGGUAGCUAUAGUGACGGUAGCCAUAGCGACGGUGGCAGGCGUCGCGGAAGAGGCUCAAGGAGAAAGAGAAACUCUGUGAAGAUUUUCAACAAAGGGCACGAUUGGUCUCACGUACAAAGCCGAGUGGACACUGGGGUCCGCAAGACGCCAUCUCCGUCGCCUUCAAAGACGAAGGACGAAGGGUACUAUUUAAACGUGUGGCGAGCUGGAGGUGGAAGGGCUACAGAUAAAGAGUUGGAGAGGCUUAAAGCGGAGCUAGAAGAGAAAGACAAAGAAAUCAAGCGAUUGAAAGCUGGAAAGCCGCCAACGGUUAGAAAGCAGUCUACGAGUUCUCAAAAGAAUGUUACAAGAAUAAUCAAGCCUGUCCCCGAAGAACAAACAGACACCGACGAUAAACAAUGUCAGACGGACGCAGAUCUAAUCAAUAGCUCGGAAACAAAGCACGUGGUCGUCAUUAAUAAAGAACCAAAGGAAAAUAGAGCUCCUAUUGACGUCACACUCGUCAAAACAGAAAAUCACAACCCGUCUUUCCAGAGCCCACUCUCUCCAACAAGGGGGAAGAAACCAUCUGUCAAGAAGAAAGGUAAAGUACCUAAAAAGGACAAGACACAAGAAAAAGAGGUGGAACCUAGAGAAAAUCCCAAGUCGCCAGACGAAUGGCUUUUUGGUCCGCCAAAUGAAAGUCCACCAUCAGUGGUAACCAUACAGACCACAAACUCUCCUGUUAAAGAGGAGAAGCCCACAUCUCCGAAACCAUUAGUAUACAAUAAAAUCAAUUCACCACCAUCGCAAAGGAUAGUUUCUAUUCACGCUAAGAACGAUUCACCAACUACGACAGAAAAACCAAAGUCCCCUGAAACAUGGGUGUACAAUAAGCCAGAAUCACCACAAGAACGGGUAGUGUCUAUCCAACCAAGGAAUGAUUCGCCUAUUAGGAAAGAAAACCAGAAGGAAUCGUCACCGCCAACAGUCGUGGCUAUCCAGACAAGAAAAGAGUCUCCAACACCGGAAGAUAAACCAAAGGCUCCUGAAGCGUUGGUAUACAACAAGCCAGAGUCUCCGAAACCUGAAGAUAAGCCAACGUCUCCGAAAACGUUGAUGUUUACUGAACCUGACGAUAAAAAAGAGGAGAAGAAGAAGCAAGAAGAAGAGGAGGUGCAGAAAGAACUGAAAAGAAAAGAGGAGAAAGAAAAACAAAAGGAGGAAAUAGCAAGACAAGAAGAAGAAAGGAAGGAAGAGGAAAAACGAAAGGAAGAAGAAAAGGAAGAGGAAAAAAGAAAGAAGAAAGAGGAGGAACAAAAAGAAAAAGAAAAGCAAGAAGAGGAACAAAGGAAAAAAGCGCAGGAAGACAAGAAAAGGGAAGAAGAGGAGAAGAGAAGGCAGGAGGAGGAAAAAGAAGCAAAACGAAAAGAAGAGGAAAAGCGAAAGGAGGAGGAGAAACAACUCGAAAAGCAAAGAAAAGCUGAAGAGGAGAAGAGAAAGGAGGAGCAAAGAAAAGCUGAAGAGGAGAAACAAAAAGAAGAAGCAAAAAGGAUAGAAGAAGAAAAUAAAAAGAAAGAAGAAAAGGAAAAAGAAGAGGCAAGAAAGCGUUUGGAAGAAGCGCAGAAACCGCUGCUUUCACCUUCACCGCCUAACAACACUCCUGUGGACGACAAAAAGAUCGAUAAUGACGACAACGCACCACAUCCGAAAGACGAACCUGACAUUCAGGAGCAACCAGAAAAUGAAGACGAUGAUGAUGGUGGCGAGGAAGACGAUGGUGACGAUUUUGACGAUGAUAAUGAUGAUGGAAAUGGCGCUGAAGAUGAUGAGGACCACGAGGAUGGAAGCGGAAGCGAGAGCGAUGGACAAGGAGGAAGGCGACCGAAAAAGAGAUCCCGUAAAAAGAUACCUCAUCACAAACUCAACUGGAACGCAAAAUCAAAAGUAGACACAUCUAGCGGGUAUGUAAAGCGCCCUACGAAGAAAAUCAAAACCUACAAAGUAGAUUACUCUAAGGUAAGAUCGAAACUAGGGGCGUCCUCGAAUGCGCCCCCCAAGAACCAAGAGGAGAUUGAGAAAAUGCGAGAGAGAAGAAGACAAAGAAACGCAGCCAAAAAAAGAUUGCAGCAAGAACCGUCAAACAACCGUAGAAGGGCACAGAAGGAAAAAUAAUAAGUAGUUUUAGUUACACUGAGGUGAAUACUUAAAAUUCCUCCAGCUUUAGCUGAACGAAAAUAUACAUAAUAUUGUAUCCUAGAUUUGGUAUAGCUAGUAGAUGAUAGGUAUAUCGUAGAUAUUUCUGUAAAAAGUAUUUUGAGCGACCUCUUAUUUAAAAGAAAAUAUAUAGAUAAAAGGACUGUAAAUGUCAUAAACUUAGAUGUUCCAAAAUGCCAUAGUGUACAUAGAAUAUCAUUGUAUCGUUCAGUGCAUCAAAAAGAAUGCAAAUCUCAACUGAGCAUAUUUGUAUACUAAUCCUGUAAUAUAACCUAAAGAUUUACGUAAAUGACGAAAGAAUACUCAACAAUGCCGCUACAGUGAAACAUUAAAAAAAACAUAUCGAAAAAUGAAAUCGUUAUUUUUUUAUACAUACCUGAUCUAAAAAAAACCUUUGUCAGUGUAAACGGCGAAUGGCAAAUGGCAGUUCCCAGACCAUGCCUAUGGAUACUAAUUAUUCGAACGAGCUAAAGCAAUGACAGGGCCAUACAUCGAUUGCCUUUAAUGGUUAUCGUAUGAUUGAUCCAUGUCUUCCUGCCAUUUGCCAAUCCACGUUUGCCGUUUGCAAUGACAACGUUUUUGAAAAAGGUGUAUUCACUGUUGCGAUCAUCCAAGAUCAUUGUAACUUAUAGCUAUAUCGCAGCUCUAUCGAAGUCCUUCCUUUCGAAGUCCUUCGAGUUCUCGUGGAUAGAUUAGAUGGACAUUUGACGAAAGAUAUUCGCUUUAGACGUAUUAUCGCAGGAUCUGGUUAGAUGUACAGGGAAAUGAAUCAGUACAAUGUUGAAAUGCUCUGUUUUACGCCUCUGAAAACCGACGAAGGGCUAACGCUUGAAACGUGACCGAAACUUGAUUCCACCAAACAUAUGCAGACCACCUAGUUAUUCUACAGCUUGUCUUUAGUUUUUCUGGUCAUGACAUAUUAUGUAGAGUUGAAGAUUACGUUUACUAAGAGAGGGCACAUUUGUGUCUAUUUAAUAAAAUAUAUGAAACGUG